AUGAAUUUCUUUUUAGCCGCAAAAGAUCGACCAAUGGACAACGGUACGCCAAGAUCGUUCGAUGAGAACGGAUUACAAAGACGACGUGGUGCAAUUAAACACGCUCGAGUUCAUGAAAUACGCGGUCAUCACUUUGUUGCAACGUUUUUUCGACAACCAACAUUCUGCUCAUUAUGUUCUGAUUUCAUGUGGGGACUUAAUAAGCAAGGUUAUCAGUGUCAAUUGUGUAGUGCUGCUGUACAUAAAAGAUGCCACGAAAAAAUGUUAAGUCAAUGUCCUGGAUCUGCAAAAAAUACAAAAGAAACAAUCUAUUUAAAAGAGCGCUUCAAAAUUGAUGUACCGCAUCGAUUUAAAUCAUAUAAUUAUAAAAGUCCAACAUUUUGUGAUCAAUGUGGAUCAUUGCUCUAUGGCUUGUUUAAACAGGGCCUUAAGUGUGAAGUUUGUGGUGUUUCUUGUCACCAUCGAUGCCAAAAAUAUAUGCCAAAUUUAUGUGGCGUUAAUCAAAAGCAACUCUCAGAGGCACUAUUUGAAAUCAAGCGAGGCACUCACAGUCAAAUGAGUGCCACUGGAGUAAUGUCUGUGGGACCGCAUGUAACUAUAGACGGUCGUAGUGCUUCUAGUCCAGCAAAUUGUUCCACUCCGACUGCAUCGAAAUUCCCGGAAAAAGUCAAAGCAUUUUUUAGGAAUCACAAUUAUACACUCGAGAAUUCAGAUAAUGAAGAAUUUAUUAGUGCACCAUGGAGUGCUGCUGAUGGUGUCAAGAAAUAUUCUCGUCAAAAUUUUAUCUUUCAUAAAGUCCUUGGAAAGGGAAGCUUUGGAAAAGUGCUACUGGUUGAACUCAAAAAUCGAGGUGAAUUCUAUGCGAUGAAAUGCUUGAAAAAGGAUGUAAUUUUAGAAGACGAUGAUACAGAAUGUACAUUUAUUGAACGAAGGGUUCUUAUUUUAUCAUCCGAAUGUCCGUUUCUUUGUCAGUUAUUCUGCUCAUUUCAAACUGCUGAAUAUCUUUUUUUUGUAAUGGAAUAUUUAAAUGGUGGCGAUUUAAUGCAUCACAUUCAACAAGUGAAAAAAUUUGAUGAGGAAAGGACUCGAUUUUAUGCUUGUGAAAUCAUUAUCGCAUUACAAUUUCUUCAUUCUAGAGAUAUAAUUUAUCGAGAUUUAAAAUUGGAUAAUGUUCUUUUGGAUUCAGAAGGACAUAUUCAUUUGGCUGAUUUUGGUAUGUGUAAGACGGAAAUGAAUCGUGAAAAUGGAAUGGCUUCAACGUUUUGCGGUACGCCUGAUUAUAUUGCUCCCGAGAUAAUAAAAGGCCAACUAUACAAUGAAGCAGUUGAUUUUUGGUCAUUCGGAGUAUUGGUGUAUGAAAUGUUAAUUGGUCAAAGCCCAUUUCAUGGUGAGGGCGAAGAUGAACUUUUCGAUUCAAUACUUAAUGAAAGACCUUAUUUUCCAAAAACUAUUGGAAAAGAAGCUGCAAAAUGUUUAAGUGCGUUAUUUGAUCGAAAUCCUAAUACUCGAUUAGGAAUGCCAGAAUGUCCAGAUGGCCCAAUUCGGACUCAUUCGUUCUUUAGAGGUGUCGAUUGGAAGCGUUAUGAAGCAAGGCAAAUGAUACCACCUUUUAAGCCAUCUGUGAAAUCACCAGCCGAUGCUUCAAAUUUUGAUGAAGAUUUCACUCAAGAGAAGCCACAACUCACUCCAAUCGCUGAUAAAACCUUACUUGCGUCCAUCGAUCCUGAGGCUUUUCUUAACUUCUCUUAUACUAAUCCUCAAUUUCCUAGCAAAUGA